UUUAAAGCUUGCUGUCGUCUGUGCCUAAAUUUAAAGGGCCCGCUGCCUUCCAGAAGUUGGUCUGAAGGCAAACGGUGGUUGUAUGUGUGGACUGAGUUUUGUCAUGGGACCUGUGCGGCUAGAAAUACUGCUUUUCAUCCUGGCAGCGUACGGUGCUUGGACUGGGGCGACAAAAGAGGAGGAAGAUGACACAGAACGUUUGCCCAGCAAAUGCGAAGUGUGUAAGCUGCUGAGCAUGGAGCUACAGGAGGAGUUGAGUCGAACUGGUCGAUCCCGAGAAGUGCUGGAGCUGGGUCAGGUGCUAGACACAGGCAAGAGGAAGAGACACGUGCCUUACAGCCUCUCUGAGACGAGGCUGGAGGAGGCUUUGGAGAAUUUGUGUGAGCGGAUCCUGGAUUACAAUGUUCAUGCUGAACGCAAGGGCUCGCUGAGAUAUGCUAAGGGUCAAAGUCAGACUAUGGCAACACUGAAAGGCCUGGUGCAGAAGGGAGUGAAAGUGGAUCUGGGAAUCCCUUUGGAGCUGUGGGACGAGCCCAGUGUGGAGGUCACAUUCCUCAAGAAGCAGUGUGAGACAAUGCUGGAGGAGUUUGAAGAUGUUGUAGGAGACUGGUACUUCCACCAUCAGGAGAAGCCCCUCCAGCAUUUUCUCUGCGAACGUCACGUGCUUCCAGCCUCUGAAACUGCUUGUCUACAGGAAACUUGGACUGGAAAGGAGAAGAUCAGUGAUGGGCAGGAGGAGGUAGAUGAAAAGGAGGAGGAAGAAGAGAUAACCAAGACUUCAGGCAGUCCCAAGCAUGACCCAGAAGAUCUUUGACCCUUACUUUUGAACCCUAAGGUUGGGUCAUGGAGAGUUUUCUAAACUCUUAAGCUCUCCCUUCCCCAUCCCGAGGCUUGUAACUGUCCUUUUUGUAUGAUCUCAGAAUGGCAACAGGAGAGGAGGGGAAGGGGGAGAAGCAGAAGCAAGUUUUGCCUUCAGAGAUGAGCCACAAGCAGCCACUUAAUUGACCAAGUGUGUGGUGACAGUAUUGAAACUUUUCUCUACAUUUUACUGGUCCUUACCUGCACCAAUUGGUCAGUGGUAUGAGCUGCGGGAAAGUCACUUUGCUUUUUAAAGGGUCUAUUUUAAACCCUUUCAAGAGGCCAGAGAAGAGCUAGCUCAGUUGGGUAGAGUGCCUGCCUAGUGUGGACAAUGAUGGGGGUUGAACCCCAGUGUGGUGGUAUACCCGUCAUCUCACCACUUGAGAAGCGGAGGCAGGAAUAUGGCAGUUCAAGACUAACUGGAGCAACGCGAGACCCUGUCUCAAAGUAAGAAGCCAAAAAGGGACCCUCAGAGACCAAUACACACUACAAACAUGAGGCUGAAUACCAUCAAUCUGUGAACAAGAGCAGGACGCUGGAAGAAAGUGAAGCAAUACUGGGGUUAGGUGGGGUAGACAUGUGGCCUAUUUCCUAUUUCACAGGUGCCAUAUUUUCUAUAUUGCUAUUAAACCUUUUAUAUGUA